ACCUGCGGGGCCGGGGCCGGGCUGGGGGCCCCUGCCCAGCUGAGCCUGGGUGAGGAGAAGCGGUAAAGUUCUGGGACCCUCCCCGCAGAGCUGCGCUGUGUCCCGGGGCGCCCCUGGGCCCUGGUCGGGGGGAGUCCUGGGGUCUCUGUGGCCUUUCUCCAUCGGAGGCAGGUGCCUGGCCCAGCUGGGGUGUCUCCUUGGGGCUCCCCCAGGCUCUGAGCUGGGCUCCCUUCCCCUGCAGAGUCCAGGGCCGCUGGGCGCCCCAGGUGCGGCUGGGGGGAUCCCCCAAUGGUGCAUUAACCCCUUUUCUCCCGGCAGUGGCUGGUGCUGGCAGCAAGGGGUGACCCGGCUCAGCGCCUCCCCAUGGGCCAAUCCCAGCAGCUCCCCUCGGGAGCCACGGUGACCCUAAGGAGCCCCUCCUCAAAGGACUCUGCCUUGUUCCCCCUGCCCGGGGCCCCUCCCCCGCCAGUGCCCCCGCCCCCGCCCUUAGGGGAUGCACUGGUGCCCACCCCGCGCCGUAGCAAGCUGCGCAGCGUCCACUGGACAGCGAUCCCGGCGGAGCGGGUGCGCGGGCACCGCAGCGUGUGGACGGCCAGCAGCUGGCAUGACCGCACCCCCCUGGACGUGGAGCACCUGGAGAAGCUCUUUGGGGAGCAGCCAGGCUGGGGCCCCCGGGGACCCGCACUGCUGGGCCGGCCCCAGGGCCAGGUCUCUCUCCUGGACUCAAAGAAGAUCCUGAAUCUGGAGAUAUUUUUGAAGCAGUUUAAGAGGCCUGUGCAGCAGAUCGUGGCUGAUCUCCAGGCCGGUGCCGGUGCCCUGUACGGGGCUGAGAAGCUGCUGGAGCUGUGCAAGAUGCUGCCCGAUGCAGAAGAGGUCAGAAAACUGAGGGCGUUCCAGGGCCCCUGGAGCCAGCUCUCGGACGCCGAGACCUUCUCGCUGUUGCUUGUGGGGGUUCCCAGCUACGACCGGCGCCUGGAGCUGCUCGUCCUGAAGGAGGAGUUUUUCCCCCAGCUCAACUCGCUCAAGUGCUCCAUCCGGAUCCUGACCGAGGCAGCUCGAGAGCUGCUGGGGUGCGAGGAGCUGCAUGUCGUCCUCCGCCUUGUCCUGAGAGCCGGCAACUAUAUGAACACGGGUGGCUAUGCUGGCCAUGCCUCAGGCUUCCGGAUGACAUCUCUCCUCAGGCUGGCAGACACCAAGGCCAACAAGCCCGGCAUGGACCUGCUGCACUUCGUGGCCAUGGGGUCACUCUGUGUCUUGCCCCAGGAGGCUGAGCGGAAGGACAAGAGCCUGCUGGAUUUCCCGAGCAAACUGGAGCACGUGGGGCCGGCAUCACGGAUCCAGGAGCUGGAGGUGGCGUCGGAGCUGCAGGGCCUGGGUCAGCGCUUGGCGGGGGCCCGCAGCAGCCUGCUGGAGCUGGGCGCGGAGCAGCUGGAGCCCUUCCUGCGGCUGGCGCAGGCGGAGCUGGGCGCGGUGCAGGCUGCCCUGGAGCUGCUGCGCCAGGCCACGGCUGCGCUGUGCGACUUCUUCUGCGAGGACCAGGCGCUGUUCUGCCUGCAGGAGGUGUGUGCCGUGCUGCACGCCUUCGGGGGGCGCUUCCAGACUGCCGUGCAGGAGAACCAUGCGCGGCAGCAGGCGGAGCAGCGCCGGCAGCAGCUGGAGCGGCAGCGGCAGGAGAAGCGUCGCUCCAUCGCCACGUGCUCCGCCCGGGAGCCGGAGCUGCGGGAUGUGGAGCUCGAUGUCCUGUUCACGCGCACGCCCCAGCCGUGCCGCCGGAGCCGGGGCCCCCGCCCAAGCACUGGGCCCUGUGCCAGCCUGGCGUCUGGGGCCGGGGCGUGCCCCGACCAGGCUGCCAUGGCUGGGCCCUUGGCCAGGGGGUCGGGCCAGGCCGGCCAGAGGCGCCUGAGCCGGCGCCACACGCUUGCCACCCUCCCAGUCCCCCCCGAGCCCCAGGACUCCCUGGGCCCCGCGCCUGCUCCCCCCAGCCACACCUCCCCGCUAGGGCCCCCUGCCGCCCCCGUGGGCAGGAAAGGGGGCCUCCUGUCCUGGCUCCCUGAGCACCUUCCAUCCUCAGGGGCCUCGCCAAAAGGCUGCUCCCCCGACACCACACCCUCCCGCUGUUUCCCCAGCCUCUCCCAUAAGAAGGGGCCCCCCAAGGGGGCUGAGGAGCAGGCUGGCCCCAUCUCCCCCAAGGGCGUCUCCACCCUCGUUGGCUACUUUUGGCACCUCAGCCUGGCCGAGAAGCCGCUUGGGUCCUCCCAGAGCUGAGGGGGCCAUGGUGCCGGGCGUGGGGGUAGCUUUGCGGCCCCCGCCCCUCCUGGCCAGGGGCGCAAGGCUGCCUUGGGGCUUUAAUGGGGAGACUGCUGGGGGGCCCUGUACUCAUGCCCCGAGGCCUGUCCCCCCAAUGCCGUUGUCAGGGCCUGGGACGGCCUGGAGCCAUCUUGCGGCCUGGGGACUUUGGUCCCCACCCUCCCCUCAGGGUGCCCUGGCCCCUGCCUUGGGCCGCCCCUCAGGCACCACCAGCCGCUCGGCCGUUUUAACUGUCCCUGUCAGCGCCCGUUGCUGGGGUUGUUUGUUAAUAAAUCACGAGGAACAUU